CUAAAAGAUAUUGUUUUAAUUAAUUAGUUUUUAGCUUUCAAAACAAAUAAAAAGUCAAUUUUAUAAAUACAAUAUUAAAUGGCUCCUAAAAAAGACAAAUCAAACUACGUUUUUAGAUUUAAAGAAGAUUAAGUUCUUAUUAAAAGGCCAGGCGAUUUAGAUGGUGCAGAUUUUGCUAUUUCAAAUUGCAAAAACUGUGAAAUCUACAUUUUUGACCAUAUUGCUUAAAUUUUUGUAGAUGAUUCAUAAAAUUGCAAAGUAUAUGUUGGUCCCACUAAGGGGUCUGUUUUUGUAAGAGACUGUUAAGAUAUCGAGUUGUACUCUUCUUCAUCUUAAUUAAGAAUUUCAGACACAAAAAACAUUAAAGCUUAUGUGUUUUCAUAAAGUGACCCAACAUUAGAAAAUACUUCAGGACUUACCUUAGCUCCUUACAAUUUCCUUUUCCCAGGAUUAAAGUAGCAUUUCGAAGCUGCUGGAUUAGUUGCUUCUGAAGACAAGUGGAGCUAAGUUUUUGAUUUUACUCCAAGCAAAGAUUCCACAAAAAAUUGGACAUUGAUGGAUCCUAAAGAUUAUCCUGGUCCUAUUAUUAAAGAGAUUGAAGGAGUAGAAGGAGAUUGCACAAAUCCUGUUCCUGUAUCUAAGAUCUAUGGAGGAGAUAGCGAUAUUUAAAUUGUAUUAGGAAGUGCCGAUGAUAGUAAUCAAGUAAUUGAUGGUAUGGCUUCAUUCAAUAUUCACGUUACUCAAUAAUAAGCAUAGUAGACUUUUGAAUAAAAAGUAGAAUAAGCAUAACCUGAAGAAACUGCAAAUAGCAAUUUUGGAUUUGAUGAUAAUUAACAGCAAUAGUACUAAUACUAAAAUAAUUAAGCUUAAUAAGCUGCAGAUGAUUUCUGGGGAGGCGAAUAACAAACUAUUAACCCUUCAAACUAGAGUCAAGUGCAUUAAUAAUAAGCAGAUGAUGAUUUUUGGGGAAGCUAGUAGCAAACUAUCACUCCUUCAAAUUAAUAAGCAGAUGAUUUUUGGGGAGCUCCAUAAUAAACUUUAAAUACAAAUAGCACAUAACAAUAAUAAUAUGGAGCAUUUUAAGCUGAAAAGACUGCCAAGCAAAUAAAAGAAGAAGAACUUACAAGAAAAGUAAUUGAAAAGCAGGAUUAAGAGCAAUAAUAAAAAAGAGAAAAGAGAGCUGCUGCAUAAAGAUAUCUCUAAAAUUUCCUUCAAGAAAAGCAAAAGUAAACAGAAUUAAAAAAGAAGUUAGCAUUAGAAGAAGAAGAAGUGUUGAUAGAAAGUAGAAAAAAAGAAGAAGGAAAAGUCAAAAAUCCUUGGGAAAAAAUAACAAAAAAUAUUGCAUUAAAGGCUGGAGAAUAUCCAGGAAAAUUAGAUGUAGCUGCUAUGCGUCAAGCUAUUAUUAAUAAAAAAUCAGAUAUUAAUUGA